AUGGGCAUCUGCGACCAAGUAUCCCAAGCCUUUCCCCCGGCUCCGAAAUUUACAGAAUCCUCCAUCCCCUCCCUCGCCGGUAAAGUCUACAUCGUGACCGGCGCUUCCGCCGGCGUCGGCCGCGAACUCGCACGCCUCCUCUACUCGCUCAACGGCACCGUAUACGUCGCCGCGCGGAAUGCCGAAAAAUCCACUGCCGCCAUCGCCUGGAUGCGGGAGAGCCACCCCUCAUCCACAGGUCGUCUCGAGUUUCUAAAGCUCGAUCUCAACGACCUGACGGGUAUCAAAGCGUCCGCCGAGGAGUUUCUAGCCAAGGAGAAGCGCCUCGACGUGCUCUUCAACAACGCAGGCGUCAUGGUGCCCCCGCAAGGCAGUCUUACCGCCCAAGGCUUCGACCUCCAACUCGGCACGAAUUGCAUCGCGCACUUCCUCUUCACCAAGUUCCUGACCCCGCUGCUCGUCUCCACCGCCGCGGUGUCGGACACGGGCAGCGUGCGCGUCAUCUGGGUGAGCAGUAGCGCGGCGCACGUGGGCUCGCCCAAGGGCGGCGUAGACGUCAAAGCGCUGGGCGACGGCGUCAUGGCGACGAAGAACGUAAGGGACAAAUACGCCAUCAGUAAAGGCGGGAAUGUCUUGCAUGCGAUUGAAUUCGCUAAUCGAUACGCCGAUAAGGGCGUUUUGUCGGUCUCGCUCAACCCAGGUAAUCUCAAAACUGAACUGGGGCGCUACAUUCCUCCGCUCGUCAAUAAGGUCCUGACUGCGCUCCUCUUGCACCCCGCGGUCAACGGGGCGUACACGGAGCUCUACGCGGGGCUGAGCCCGGAUGUGGUGGGCAUGAAGAAGGGGGAGUGGGUUGUGCCGUUUGGGCGGAUUAUGUCGCUGCGCAAGGAUUUGGCGGAGGGGGGCAAUGCGCGGGAGUUUUGGGAGUGGACGGAGAAGGUGGUAGAGAAGUAUUUGUGA